GUCACUCUCGUCUUGCAUUCCUCAACAUGUCGAAGAAGGCAGCCAACCCCAUGCGCGAGCUUCGCAUCGCCAAGCUCUGCGUCAACAUCUGCGUCGGUGAGUCUGGUGACCGUCUCAUGCGUGCCGCCAAGGUGCUUGAGCAGCUGACUGGCCAGAAGCCGUGCAUGUCCAAGGCCCGCUACACCGUCCGGUCCUUCUCCAUCCGUCGUGGUGAGAAGAUCUCCGUCUGGUGCACCGUCCGUGGCCCCAAGGCGUACGAGAUCCUCGAGAACGCCCUCAAGGUCAAGGAGUACGAGCUCCGCCGCGGCAACUUCUCGGACAACGGCCACUUUGGCUUCGGUAUCGACGAGCACAUCGACCUCGGCCUCAAGUACGACCCGUCCGUCGGCAUUUACGGUAUGGACAUCUUCUGCGUCCUCGGCCGUCGUGGCGAGCGCGUGGGCCGCAAGAAGCGCAAGUCCGGCAAGGUCGGCACCAACCACCGCAUCACCAAGGAGGAGGGCAUCAAGUGGUUCCAGCAGACCUUUGAGGGCAUCGUCAACUAAAAUCCUGCAAACCGAC